GCCUCCACCACCUGCUCCCCUCCUUCAUUUCUGAAAACCCUCUCUUUCGUCUCCUCCCGCCGCGGCCGGCGACGAUGGCAGCCACCAUGGACGGCAUCAUGAAGGCCAUCUUUUCCUGCAUCCCCUCCGCGCCAUCCUCCGCUGCCGACAGCUGCCUCUCCGCCGACUUCUCCUCCGAUUUCCCUGGCGGCGGCGGCGGCGGCGAGGACCGCAUCAGCUGCCUCCCCGACGCGCUGCUCUCCAACAUCGUCUCCCGCCUCCCCGUCAAGGACGCCGCGCGCACCGCAGCGAUCUCCCCUCGCUGGCGCCGCCUACGGUCGUCCACGCCUCUCGUCCUCGUCGACGUCGACAUCUUCCAUGACUACGUCGUCGGCGACGGCCACGGCCACGACGGCCUCAUCGACUGGCGCGGCCUCACCAGCACCGUCUCCCGCAUCCUCUCCGGACACCAGGGACCCUUCCGCACCGUCCACCUCACCACGGUCUGCAACUACGCGGCCGCCCGCGGCGGCAGCGCGCUCGUGCGCUGGCUCCACCUAUUCGCCGCCAAGGCCGUCGAGGAGCUCGUCCUCGUCAACUUCCCCAGAUGGAUCCUCGACAACACCCUCCCCGCCGAGAUCCUCCGCGUCGCCUCCCUCCGCCGCCUCUACCUCGGCCUCUGGGACGAGUUCCCGGACACGGAUCACCUCCCCCGCGGCGCGCACGUCUUCCCGCACCUCCUCGAGCUCGGCUUCUGCCGCACCGACAUCAAGGACAAGGACCUCGACAGCCUACUGCAGCGCAGCCCCGUGCUGGAGAAGCUCGCGCUCAUCCUCAACUACGCCACGCCGCGCAACGUCCGCGUCCGCAGCCGCAGCCUCCGCUGCCUGCUCUUCUGGAUGUCCAUCGCCGACGGGCUCGACGUGGCCGUCGCUCCGCGUCUCGAGCGCCUCAUCCUGUGGAACGACUGCCCUGGUGCCUGCUUCGACAAGAGCUUCCGCACCAGAGUCAAGAUUGGCAACACGCCGGCGCUCAAGGUGCUCGGCUACUUGGAGCCAAGCAUCCAUGUGCUCGAGAUCCGCAACACCGUCAUCGAGUUUGGGACAAAGGCGAGCCCCACCACCACCGUUACAAGUGUCAAGAUCCUGGGGUUAAGGGUGCGAUUUGGAAUGCACAGGGAGACCAAAGCGCUGCCUACAUUCCUGAGAUGCUUUCCCAAAGUCCAGACAUUGCAUAUCAUGUCUGCUGAAGCUGAUGAGCCCACUGGCAAGCUGAAUUUCAAGUUCUGGCAGGAUGUCGGCCCCCUCCAGUGCCUGCAGUCACACAUCAAGAAGGUGGUGUUCAAGAACUUCCGUGGCUACCGCAGUGAGCUUGCAUUCCUCAGGUUCGUCGUGGAGAGAGCACAGCUGCUGCAAAACAUGGUUAUCGUGUUGGCAGAUGAUUCAAAGGAGGGGGUGGCCGAGAAGCUGAAACCUCUGGCUUGCAGCACCAAGCGUGCCAGCAGAGACCCGAAAUUCAUGAUCUUGGUGCGCAAGGGGGGCAGCCCGUGGAGCUUCCGCGUGGCAUCCGAUCUCUCCAAGAGUGAUCCCUUUGAUUGCUGAAGCUGAUCAAGGUGCUAGCUACAGCUGAUAUGUUCCGAUCAUGAUGCACAUCAUUUCCAUGUCUUCCGCUAAACUACGCACAGACUAUGGUUAUUUGUCCAUGUAUGAUCUAUCUGUAGGCAAUGCGCUUAGUUGGAUUAUGAAUUCUUGGCUUAUGUUUUAUCUAGACGUAGAGUUUGCUGGUCCAGCAAGGAGAGAGCAGGGUAUUGAACAAUGCAAGUUGCUACAGAAGCUAGUCAGCUAGAUGGUCAUUCGUCCAUGCCAUGUCUGAGUCUGAUGCUAUCGAAUCGUCCCUAACUGGUUAAUUUGCAGACAUUGUGCAUUUUCAUGUGAUUUUGUGUUGCUAUUUUUCGGUGAGUUCGUUUCUUUGUGA